AUGUCCGUCCGCCAUCGGACGCAUCCACCGCCGCCGCCACGUCGCUCCAGCCAAUCGGCGGCCGCCACAUCACCACCGCCGCCGCUCUCCUCCAACCCGCGGCCGCCACCUGUCCCGCCGCUUCCCCGCACCGCGCCAGGCCCGCUGGGCCCGGGUCGGGCCCGCGGGGCCCAUCCCGCCGCCGCCGCCACCCACGGGCGCUGCCCCCGCGCGCGCCUCCCCGCGACCCUCCGCCGGACUCCGCCGCCGUCGCCAUCGCCGACCCUGCCGCCGGAGCGGCGCUCCUUCAACCCCGCCGUCGUUCGCCGCCUCCGCGGCGCCCGCCACCGCCUCCGCGCGCGUCUCACGCCCCGCCCCGCGUCACCGGAGACGACCCCGGUCGCCGCCGCCGAGCCCCUCCGUCCUGCGUCGUCCCUUCGUCGCCUCUCCACCUCCGGUCGCCACCCCGCCGCCCGCCGGCGCACCUCCCUCGCCGGAGGCCGCAGCCUCGUUGGAUCCGGGGAAGGUGCAUGA